AUGCCCGAAUUCACCGAAAAGAUUCAACAGUCGAUGCUGCCCCACAUCCGCGGGUUGGGCAUAUACCAGGGCGUCGAGCCCGUCGAGGUCAUGGCCGAGCGGGCCGGCAUUCCCCAGGACAAGAUCAUCCGGCUGAACGGAAACGAAAACCCUUACGGUCCUUCUCCUGCUGUGGCGGAGGCUCUGGCCGAUUUCCCAAACUUCAACCACUACCCCGACCCCGAGCAGCGCCAGCUUCGAGAGGCCCUCUCUGGCUACGUCGGCGUCGACCCCGAUUGCAUCAUCGCGGGUAAUGGAAGCGACGAACUCAUCGACAUGCUGUUCCGCAUGUUCGUCGGCCCAGGAGACAACAUCAUCAACCUCACCCCCACCUUCGGAAUGUACUCGUUGGGGGCCGAGAUUUGCGGCGGCCAGGCCAUCUCCGUUGCUCGCGACGAAAAAUUCGACAUCGACCUGGAGAGGAUUAAGCUGGCCAUCACGUCCCUCACCAAGGCCAUAGUGGUCUGCUCCCCCAAUAACCCGACCGGCAAUAUGCCCACUGAGGCCGAUGUCCGAGCUCUGCUGGAUACAGGCAUCCUCGUCAUCGUGGACGAGGCCUACUACGAGUUCAGCGGCCAGACCCUGAUGCCUCUGCUCCACGAAUAUCCGAACCUGGUCGUCCUGCGUACUUUCAGCAAGUGGGCCGGUCUCGCGGGCCUGCGAAUAGGGCUCGGCGCCAUGCACCCGGACCUGGCUGGCAUGAUGAUGUCGGUGAAGCCACCCUACAACGUCAACCUCGCCGCCGAGGUCGCGCUGAUUGCGUCGCUGAAAGACAUGCCCGCCCUGCUGGAGCGGGUAAACGCCAUCGUUUACGAGCGGGACCGUAUGAUGGGCCUGCUGGACGCCAUCCCGACCGUCAGUCCCUACCCCUCUCAGGCCAAUUUCAUCCUCUGCCAGCUUCCCGAGGGAAGUGGCCCAAAGGUGUUCGAAGGCCUGUGCAACCGCGGCAUAUUCCUCCGCCACUGGUCCAACGGCUGA